AUGGAUCCAUUUAUAUCCUGUCCUUACAACUCAGCACACCGUGUCCCGCAGUCUCGUAUCCAAGCGCACAUAGUGAGAUGUCAAUCCAAGCACCCAGAGCUGAGUCCUUGUCCUUACAACGCGACACAUCGUCUGCCGAAAUCAGAGUUGAAGUGUCACGUCCUGUCCUGUCCGUCGCGGAAAGAAAUCUUUCCAGACGACAAACCUCUAAAAGUUAAAGCAAAUAUUACAGCACCGAAGUUUCUACGGCAGAGCGACUACUUACCGGAGUCGGAUCCCAAUCACGAGACAUGGGAUUGA